AUGCCUUUUAGGAGGCUCAAAUUCUAUUAAUGAGAUUUGGAUUCGUAUAUAGGAACCCGUUUAUGGUUGAGGGCACGAUAUUAGAAUGUUGGUUUUUAUUGCGACAUCGAACCACUAAUGAAAAGCGCCGGGAUAGAAUGCUAUUUCGCAGAGACUGUCUAGGAAGUAUAUUGAAUGGAAAUAUGCAUAUUUGUAACUGUGUAAAAUAGUCCUAUCCCUGGCAUAAAUGUGAAAUAAACAGAUUUUUUUUUUUCGUUUCGGAUCUGUUUAGUCAAGUGGAUUAGAGCGAUAUUGUACGCCUAGAUAUGGAUGGCAACGAAAGCAACGGAUUCGUUACUGGGGAAAACAGUUUCCAAAAAUAUGGGGCCAAACACAGUAGAAGACUUAGUAUGUCAGCGCCCGCCGCAAUACAUGUAUCCACUUUGCCGAAAAUUGCUACGGGUCGGUCAAUACAUAGCGCCAAUCAACUUUGGCGCGAUCAUGAAUUGAUAGAAACGCAGGAGGCGAUACGGGAGAGGAGUGCAAAAGAGGAAAGCAGACACAAUGUGUACUUCUCCAAGUACCCUAAAAGCCAAAAGAUGUCUCGAGUUCAGGAGAUGAAACCAUUCCGGGUACUUCAUUCGGAAGUGCUCGGAAUGUCGAAAGCUAAACUUAAAGAGAUGUAUUCGGAAGUGACGUACCUAACUAACGCUGUCAGGAAUUGUGACGGAAUACAUAGUUUCAAAAAUCUAUCAACUCAUGACCAUUUACUCAGGGAACCUUUUACUGACGACCACCAAACACCGCGUUGGAAAUCGGCAACUCAGAAGAUCCUACCUAAGAGACAUCCGCCCCCAGCACCCCCUGCCAACGUUGAAAAGGUUUCUGCUUGGGAUGAAAAAAGGAGGGAAGUCAAGUCAAUCCCGUUAUUCACCGAUUUGGAAAAGAGCAGUCAGGGUAAAUUUCUUAAGAAGUAUGGACAGAGUAAGUUGGAACUUAACGAGAAAGAGACGAAGGAAAUAGAACGUAAAAAACGACGAGAUGAUUUUUUGAAAUUUGCUCGAUGCAACAGCGCAAGUGAAACAAAUUUCGUCAUUGACAAUGCCCCGGAUGUAAAUAUUUUACGACGUAAUAUAUACUUUAAUCAGCGAAAGCACAAAUUAUCAGCUGUACGAACAAGAUCUGAGACAUUCAAAGAAAGCAAGCAAGCGUUUUGAAGAAAAGCCUUAUACUCACAAUUUAGUGGUGGCCUAACUUGCACAGUUCCGCUAUGCCCCGAUUUCUGUACUGUGUAGUGUUGCUAAGGUCUCACAAAACGAGAGUGUGGAAUUAGGACAUGCGCUUAAUCUUUGCCUAACCAGCAGGGGUGGCGCCGG